AUGGUCCUCAACGUCGCGGAAGCUCUCGCGUCUUCAUUCUUUCCGACUCAAUACAUCGUCCACAUCGUCGUUGGGAUCGUAGUCGUCCUCACACUACAUGCCGUCUGCCAAGGCCGACGGACAACCCGUGAACGAGAUCUACAUGCCAGAACGGUGUUGAUAACGGGCGGAUUCACACCACUGGGCCUAACCAUUCUCCGAUCACUAGCCCAACGCGGAGCCCACAUAAUCGCUCUUUCCCCAGACCCAAUCGACUCUGCCAACAUAACUAUCCUCAUCAGUCUCCUCCGCACAACCACCUCGAAUGAACAAAUAUUCGCAGAGGAAUGCGAUGUCUCCUCACCUGCCUCCAUACGCUCUUUCUGUACUCGAUUUCUCACCGGGCAAGACCAGAGAAUCGACGCUAUCAUCCUCGCGCACGAGUACCACCAAAUUGGCUCGUUCUUCUCGCGUAUGGAUAAAGAAAAGGAGCGAAAUGUGGGUUCGUUAGCGACGUUCUUGAUCACCACGCUGCUAUUGCCAGCGCUCCUGGUUGCUCCUGUGGAACGAGACAUUCGAAUUAUCAACGUCGUCAACCCAUUUUAUGCAGCAGCCGCUACCCUCUUACCUCUUUUCGAUCCACCAAAAGAAAGGUCUGUUUUCCUGAGAGAAGGCAUCCGUUCUCUACGAAGCAUCAUCGUCACACGACAUCUCCAACGUAUUCUAGAUGCACUCCCAGCUGCACAGAUACCCAAGCCGGAGGAAGGCUCGUCCUCUGUCCCUGUGGUCAAUACUAAAGCACAAAAGUCAAACAUCGUCGCUGUGAGCGUGUGUCCGGGCAUAAGCAGAGUCGACACCGUCUCAGCUCUCUUCAACGCCGAUUGGAUGAUACGUUCCACACCUUUCGGAAUAGCCCUAUACAUCAUCCUCCAGCCCAUCCUUCGAAUCUUCUUCAAGUCCCCAGAAAGGGCUAUGCAAUCCGUGCUACACGCCCUUUUCCUCCCAACGCCAUUCAAAGUCCCUGUGCAACCAACCCAAGUACCCGAUGCGAUGCCUGAAGAAGUGUUGAAGCCCGGCGCAUUGUACCGAGAAUGUGCUGUCGUCACAUUGAAAGUGUCUGUUCCCGAGAAGCUUGCGUUAUCGGACCCGAAGGUUUCCUCCGAGUCAUCACUAAAGGGAAAGGGGAAAGGGAAAGCUGGAGAAGAGGUAUUGGAGAUCCCGGAUGAUGGAGAAUACGGCGGGGAGGUUGCUGGGAGGCUCGUUUGGGAAGCGUAUGAGGAGGCUUUGAAGGUGUGGGAGAAGGAGAACCCGGCCAGUGAGCAGGAUUUGAAGAGAGAGGAAGAGAGAAAGCGGGAGCGGGAGAAGGUUGUAGACGAGGUCUCUCCGUAUUGA